AUGUCUGCUAUUGGUAUGCCCCCCCACAUUUUAAUUCUUUUUCAAGCAAGACCAUUAUUAAACUAUUAUAAGCCAAUAAAAAAAAAAAAACCAAAAGAAUAUAGCGGGUUAGCCGAUUUUUUGAAUUAUUUUGAAGAAGGAGAACCACCCCCCAAAAUAAAAUUAGAAAAUACAAAAGAAAGAAAGGAAAGAAAAAAAAAAGAAAAAAUAACAUAUAAUGAGUUGAUGCUAAAAGAAAAAAGAAAAAAUUAUGAUCCUUUUAAAAAUGAAGAUUUAACUAAUGAUCCAAAAAAAACAUUAUUUAUUGGUAGAUUAUCAUAUGAAGUAAAUGAAAAAAGAUUAAGAAAAGAAUUUGAAACUUAUGGAAAAAUUAGAAAAGUAAAAGUAAUAUGUGAUAAAAAUAAUAAGCCAAGAGGAUAUGCAUUUGUUGAAUUUGAGCAUACAAAAAGUUUAAAUCAAGCCUAUAACUUAGCAGAUGGAAAAAAAAUAGACAACAGAAGAAUAUUAGUUGAUAUUGAAAGAGGUAGAACAAUCAAAAAUUGGUUACCCAGAAGAUUAGGAGGUGGAAAGGGCCCAGCAAGGGGAUCAGAAGAAAAAAAAAGAAUUACACACAAUAUUAAUUGGAGUGCUUUAAUUAAUAAAGAUAAAUAUAGAAACGAUAAAAGAAGAAAUGAUGAUAGAUAUAAGAACGUACCAUUAUAUAAUGAAAGAAAUGACGACGAUGAUGAUAUAAAAUAUAUGUUAAAGAAUCAUAAACGUCAUAGAGAGGAUGAUCGUAGAAGUUCUAAGAGAGAACGUGGACAUAGAAGUAAAAGAAGCGCUUCUUAUGAUAGGCAUCAUCACAAACAUAGGAGAAAAGAAAAAAGUAGAUUAGGUAGAGAAAGAAGUAGAGAUAAAGAAAAAAUUAGAGACAGAAGUAGAGAGAGAAACAGAGAUAGAAGUAGAGAUAGAAGUAGAGAUAGAAGUAGAGGCAGAAAUAGAGAAAGGGAUAGAGAAAGGGAAAGGGAAAGAGAUAGAGAUAGAGAGAAAGAGAAGGGAAUAGAAAUAGAAAGUGAAAUGGAUAAAGAUAAGAAAAGAGAAAAAGAUAGCUUUAGUGACACAGAAAGUCAUAAUGAAAAUAGUAGAAACAUUGAAGGAGAAAAUAAUAACUUACAUGAAAGUACGAUGAAAAAUGCCUAUUACAAUUAUAACAAUGAUAUUGAAUAG